AUGUUCUUCUUUGAGACAGCCUGUGGAAGGGGCUCGGGUAUGCUGCGCCUGACGGAAGAUCCAUGCGAUGGGAAGUGGAAGGCGUACGCGGUUUAUACAUCGCUACAGGAAUUGAAAGGAUUCGAGGAGCCGUUGGGACCUAGACGCCCCGCAGGCACAACCGAGUCGAUGCCGGGCGGAUUGGCGGGAGGGACUUGGAUCGAAAGGAGGGAGCGACAGAAAGAAUUCCCGGAUUCGGAGCCGAGAGUCUUAGUCGUUGGAGCUGGCCAGGCUGGUCUGAACAUGGGUGCUCGGUUGCAAAAUAUGGGUCUGUCGUGUUUGAUUGUUGACAGGAAUGAGCGCGUUGGGGAUAAUUGGCGAAAUCGGUACCGGACUCUAGUCACCCAUGACCCGGCGGAGUUCACGCAUAUGGCGUACCUGCCCUUCCCUUCAAACUGGCCUCAAUUCACUCCCAAAGAUAAACUCGGCGACUGGUUCGAGGCUUAUGCCAGCAUUAUGGAGUUGAACGUGUGGAUGAAGACGAGGAUCGUGUCUGCUGAGUAUAAUGCUGCCACUGCUGAAUGGAAUGUUGCUGUAACUCGUGGCAAUGGCGUCCAGCGUACCCUGCGCCCUCGUCAUGUCGUCUGGUGCACAGGACAUUCGGGCGAGGCGCGAGUCCCUCACUUCCCCGGACAGGACUCAUUCCAGGGCACAGUAUACCACGGCAGCCAACACCGAGAUGCAUCCGAAUCCGAUGUCCGUGGGAAGAAGGUGAUUGUCGUGGGAACCGGAAACAGUGGACAUGACAUCGCCCAAAAUUACUACGAGAACGGUGCAGAUGUGACCAUGCUUCAGCGUAACGGGACAUAUGUCCUCACCGCUGAUAAAGGCGUCUUCAUGAUGCACGAGGGAAUGCACGAGGAUGGCGGUCCCCCAACCGAAGAAUGUGACAUCGUCUCCGAGAGUCUUCCCUUUCCCGUUCAAUUCGCGCUCAGCGUACACAUGACGAAGCGAAUCGCAGACGCCGAGAAAGAAACCCUCGAUGGCCUUCGCGGAGCCGGGUUCCAACUCGAUUUUGGCCCCGACGGUGCGGGUAUUGCUCGCGCAUACUACACUGCAGGUGGUGGCUAUUACAUUGACGUCGGAUGUAGCCAGCUCAUCAUCGAUGGCAAGAUCAAGGUCAAGCACAGCCCCAAGGGAAUUGACGGUUUCGGAGAGAGAGAGUUGCGUCUUGCAGAUGGCAGUUCUUUGCCCGCAGAGAUCAUCGUACUGGCCACCGGCUAUGACAACAUGCGCACUACUGUGAGGGAGGUGCUCGGCGAUAAGGUCGCUGAUCGAUGCGCGGACGUGUGGGAUCUGGAUCACGAAGGUGAGCUGCGUUCGAUGUGGCGGCCCAGUGGUCACCCGGGCUUCUGGGCUAUUGAGUCUGGUCUGUCUACUGGUGAUAGACAACAGCAGAGGACUACGAAGAUCUGA